ACCUCACAUCCUUCCAUGAGCCGCGCUGCCUGCCGCCGCUGACCUCUGACAGCAAACACGGAAGCAGCAUGGCGUCAAACAACAGCAGCAGCGCUCAGCACAGACUCAGAAUAAUAGCCGGACAUUUGCAGAAACGGCCGGAGGUUGAAAACACGGGCAUUGCUGCUCAGGAUUGCAAAGCCGAGACGCCUAGACCCACCCCGAGCGGACUGACACCGUUGCCGAAGAGAAGGCAGGAGAUCAUGAAGUGGAAUGGCUGGGGUUACAGCGACUCCCGGUUCUUCUUUAAUAAGAAAGGCCAAGCAGAGUUCACAGGGAAAAGGUAUCGGUUGAGUGGGCUGAUUCUGCCGAGUUUGAAGGACUGGUUUGAGGGCACAUUUGGAGCUAAUUUACAACAGAAAACUCCUGCUUCACCCACGCUGAAUUUAAAUGCAGUCACGCCUCCUAACCUGAAUGAGCCAUUCAUGGAGGAUCUGAAGGCGGCGGGCGUGGCCGUGUCACAUGAUCCAGAGGAUCGGGUUUUCAGAGCUCAUGGACACUGCCUGCAUGAAAUCUUUGCCCUGCGUGAGGGGAGGAUAGGACGGGUGCCAGACAUGGUGGUUUGGCCGAGCUGUCACAAUGAUGUGGAGAAGAUUGUGGAACUGGCCUGUAAACACAACACCUGCUUAAUACCAUACGGAGGUGGUACGAGUGUGUCCAGUGCUCUAGAGUGCCCCCAUGAGGAGACUCGCUCUAUUGUGUCUUUGGACACAUCUCAGAUGAACCGAGUAUUGUGGAUUGAUGAGAAAAAUCUAACUGCUCAUGUGGAGGCUGGAAUCAUUGGACAGGAUCUAGAGAGACAGUUGAAUGAGCAUGGUUACUGUACUGGUCAUGAGCCGGACUCCAUGGAGUUCAGUUCUCUGGGCGGAUGGGUGGCAACAAGGGCAUCGGGCAUGAAGAAGAACAUAUAUGGCAACAUCGAGGAUCUGGUGGUGCAUAUAAAGAUGGUGACCCCUAGAGGAGUGAUUGAGAAGAGCUGUCUGGGGCCACGUAUGUCCACUGGGCCCGAUAUACAUCACUUCAUACUGGGCUCAGAGGGAACACUGGGAGUGGUGACUGAAGUUACGAUGAAGAUCCGGCCCAUCCCUAAAUAUCAGAAAUAUGGCUCUGUGGUCUUCCCAAACUUCCAGCAGGGUGUGGCGUGUCUGAGAGAGGUGGCCAGACAGAGAUGUGCUCCAGCAUCUAUUCGGCUAAUGGACAAUGAACAGUUUCAGUUCGGUCAUGCACUCAAGCCACAAGUGUCCUCCAUAUUCACAUCAUUUUUAGACGGCUUGAAAAAAUUCUACAUCACAAAGUUUAAAGGAUUUGACCCACACCACCUGUGUGUUGCCACAUUGUUGUUUGAGGGGGAUCGUGGGAAGGUUUUGCAGCACGAGAAACAGGUCUACGACAUUGCUGCCAAAUUCGGGGGUCUGGCAGCAGGAGAGGAUAACGGUCAGAGGGGUUACAUGCUGACGUUUGUGAUUGCAUAUCUGCGGGAUUUGGGAAUGGACUACUAUGUGAUCGGCGAGUCGUUUGAGACGUCUGUGCCUUGGGACAGGGUUUUGGACUUGUGUAAGAACGUGAAGGAGAGGAUUGUGAGGGAGUGUAAAGAGACAGGAGUACAGUUUCCUCCACUGUCCACAUGCAGAGUUACGCAAACAUAUGAUGCCGGUGCUUGUGUGUACUUUUAUUUUGCCUUUAAUUAUCGAGGUCUGAGUGAUCCAGUCCACGUCUAUGAAAAAGUGGAGCAUGCAGCACGGGAGGAGAUUCUAGCCAACGGAGGAAGCCUGUCUCACCACCAUGGAGUGGGGAAACUCCGGAAGGAAUGGAUGAAGGAGAGCGUGUCCACCGUGGGUCUCGGCAUGCUGAAGUCAGUGAAGGAGUAUGUUGACCCUCAGAACAUUUUUGGGAACAGAAACCUGUUGUAAUUCUUCUUCAAACUCUUGAUUCAUGUUUUCUAUGAUAAUUUUGUCCUGUUUGAUUUAAACGUCAUAUUCUUGUUUUUCAUCUUGGUGUGUGUGUGCAGAGUAAUAUGAUAAACCAAUCCUCUGUUUCCCUUUAACAUGGUCCUCUUGUGUUAUUGACACUUUUAAAGGAAUGGUUCACCCAAAAAUGUGCGCACCCUAAUUGUGUUACAAACACGUAUACUGUUAUUUUGUCAGUAGAACACAAAAUUAGACAUUUUUAAAGAAUUGUGACAAAUCUUCACCUUGACAGAAGUUCACAAAGCUUUUGUAUGUCUUCAGAAGACUUGGAAUACAAUACACAAAUCAUAUGGGCUUCUUUUAUGAUACGUUUAUGGUGCUUUGUUGCUGUUUUUUCUGUAUUUUUUGGAGGUUGACAGACAUGGUCCCUAUGGAACUGAUGGCAAGAGCUGUGUAACAAUUCUACAAAAUAUCUCCUUUUGUGUUCUAUGUUGAAAACAACAACAGCAUACAGGUUUGGAAUGACAUAAGGGAAAGUACUGACAUCAUUUUCAUUUUGAUGUCAUCAUGCCAAUCAGACUGCCUCAUCAUUAACACAUGAUGUCAUUUCUCUCUGGUCUUUCCAUUGUUUGUUGUUGUAACAGGAUUUUUAUACGCAUGUGUCUGGAUGUUUCUGUGUCUGCCACUGCUGCUGUGCUAAUUAUGUUAGCAGUGAUUGAAAUCAGCUUUUAAAAGCAGCGUGCCUUCUGUGUCUGUCUGUCUCUGUCCUAUACUUCUAUCUGAGUGACUUGUUGGUACUUUUACUGUGUGUUCUUCUUUUGUCUUUUCUGUCCAUCAGUUCGAAGUGUUUCUCAUAAACAGUGCAUAUUGUUUUUUGGGUGAAUCUCAUGGAAAACUGUUUAAAUUUUCCUAAAAAGAAAUAAACAAUAUGUGUUGCAUAAAGAAAAUUACACAUAUUUUAGCUCAUAUUAAAUAAGCAAAUGAAAUAAAGUUCAACAAAUACUACCAUUAUGCAAUAAUGCUUUACAAAAGUAAUUAAUUUUCAUACAGCAAUGACCAUGAGAUUUCACAUUACUGUAAAAUGUAAUACUGAGAACUGGGCGACAUUUGCAAAAGAAAAAAAAAAAAACUUGGUACUUUAAGGUGGCUUCAUUUUGUCAAUUAUCUCAUUUUUGUCUUCUAUUAAUUUUAAGGUGAAAUAUAACUUUGAAAUGUAUGAUGUCAAGUUUAUAUCAAAGGUUUAAUUGGAAAAAAGCAAAAAGAGUGUAGUUUAGAAUUUUUUACAUUUGUCCUUCCUUGCAUUCCCACGUCAUCCUCGAAUUUGACCUGAAUUUCACGACCACAGCUUGAAAAAUAUAAAUAAUUUUAAGGAGAUGAGUUUACACAAAAUAUUUUAAAUAUAUAAAUUGAAAAAAUAAAUAUAUAAUUAAAUACAUAAAUGUACAUUUAAAAGUUAAUCACAUCAAAUUAUUAAAUUUGGCAUUUUCAAAUUCAAGCUCUGAUGAUAUCGAUUUUACGCCAUAGUCAUGUUCUUCUUAAUAAAGUCCGUGAGAUUCACUCUUGAUUCGUUUGUGCAUCGACCAAGAUGUGCUGAAAAAAACAUCCUGUUAAUACUGGGUCGAAAACAGAGUUGUGUGCUCGAGCAAGUGUGUAUUCAGCUGUCUUAGAGCAUGUUGCCUGACAGAGGUUUAAGUUUGAUAAUUUGAGUAAUCUUUAUCUAAUCUGUCCUCGUGUUUCUACCAAAGAUUGUCAGUAUCUCUUCAAAGGCAGACUACUUCAGCCUCACACACUGUAUAUAAACAUGAUACCACGCUUGAGUGUACGAUCGCUGAGCUUCAUCAUGAUAAAUAGUAUUUUUUUAACGCAACAUAUGCGAAAAGCCAGAGAUGAUCUGAACUUGGAUCUAAAACAUGAUUUGUGACUGUUAUAUAUGAUUUGUAUGCAUUCAAUUAAAUAUGAGUGAGACUAAACUGUCAGAACUUGUCAUCUCAAUCAGUACAUCUUUUAAAAAGAAUGUAUCAAGUUCAAGUAUUUCAUACCCUGCUCAAAGUUGUAAAGACCCAAACUGCUGUAGAAGGUGAAAGAGAGAUGCAACAGUUCUUCAAAUGUGGAAUAACAGAUUAUUUACUGUCUUUAACUUGCUUAUAAAAUGCCACAGUGUGUGUGUGUGUGUGUGUGUCCCAUUUAACAGGAUGUCAAUGUCUUGCUUUACUACAGUGGCACUUUGCAGGGCUUUUAUUUUCAUAAACCCUGCACACUGCUGUGAGACGCCACCACUCAGACCUGUCAAACAGGGCUUUGAUAUUCAACAGAGCUUUUUCACAGGUUUCUCAAAUGACACUAUCAUUUAUAAAGUGUCAUAAGAGCUUUAUAAUGUGUUUUAUGAAUCCCAUCUUCAUUACGGAGCUAUUUUGUGUUGCUGAAACGCAUAAUGAACGAUCCAGAGGAGGUUCGUUUGUCCCUCUGAAUGAAUCCUGAAUGGUUUCAUCAUCGACUCUCUCAUAGUUCACUAAAAGAAAAGCUGGAGGAAAAAAAUCUAUAUUAACAGAUUCAAAUAUGAAUAUUAUGUAAGUUACCCUUGUCUUUUCACAGAUUUCUUGGUCAUGUGUUUUAAUAUCAGAGUACAUACAAAGCU